GAGCCUUUCAAAGUGCUGUAAUGAACGAGCUGUUCCGCACGAUUUGAAAAUAAUCCGCGUGUCAGUGUCAUCUUUCUUAUGCAAAGCAGCUGUCUUUGAAGGCGGAUCUCUUGGCAGGUUAGACCGGGACGGAGGCUCCGACCAGCUCAGACGAGCGCUGCCACCAGAACGCAUCAGCUGCCUGCUGGCUGCGGGAGGAGCAUAACGCUGCGUUUCUGGGACACGUUUUGUUAUCACCAGCGAGUGUAUUUAUUUCGCUCAUUUUGCUGACUGACUGAUUGCGUCUGAGCCUCGUGCGCAGCCAUCGCCGCCGCGUGAGGACGUUUAUUUCUGUUGUUUCUCCAACUUGUCGCCGCGCAGGGACUGAGACCGCAGGGCUGCACACCGGAAAAGUGACAUGAAACGCGGGGACGCAGAGGGACGAGCAGGGAACAAACCGGAACGCACGGGCAUUCGGACUUCCUCACUGCAGACUGCAGACGGAACAAGCAGCUCCGACACUCCAGAGACGAGCUGAGCGCCUCAAAGCAUGGACCUGAGCGCGCGCCGCGUCCUGCGAGACAACAUUUUCGCACCGUUGAGGGGUUUGUGCUUUUAUUAAACCCUCCAAACCUACAAUGAGGAAACGGUGGUCACGCAAGAGAUAGUUCUAGGAGAGAAUGCGUUCAAGUGUUCAGCUGAGCUUCAUCUGUGUGCUGCUGGUCCUGUGGGGCGGUGGGGGCUCAGCCAUUAGCUCAAUAGACCCGGACUGGUCAGGAGAGGGGAGAUGUCAACAGAUCAACAUCCCGCAGUGUAAAGACAUUGGCUACAACAUGACUCGCAUGCCAAACCUCAUGGGCCAUGAUGACCAGAAAGAGGCGGCAAUAAAGCUGCAGGAGUUUGCCACGCUGAUACAGUUUGGAUGCCACAGUCAUCUCAAAUUUUUCCUGUGUUCACUCUACGCUCCCAUGUGCACGGAGCAGGUGUCCAACCCGAUCCCGGCGUGUAGAGUCAUGUGUGAGCAGGUCAAGCUGAAGUGCUCACCCAUCUUGGAGCAGUUUAACUUCCCCUGGCCCGACUCCUUGGACUGCUCACGGCUGCCCACCAAAAACGACCCAAACAACCUCUGCAUGGAGGCACCCAACAACGGCUCCGACGAGCCUCCCAAAGUCUCCCACACCCAGUCCCCGGAUUUCAGGCCCCAGCGGCCCCUGAGCGGGCAGGACCUGCACCUGAAGGACAGCGGCAGCAAGCAGGCGUGCAGCAAUCCUGGCAAGUUCCACUUUGUCGAGAAAAGCGAGUCCUGUGCCCCUAAAUGCUACCCCAAAGUGGAUGUAUACUGGAGCCAGGGAGACAAGCAGUUCUCUCUGGUGUGGAUGGCCAUCUGGUCCAUCCUCUGCUUUGUCUCCAGUGCCUUCACUGUGCUCACUUUCCUCAUAGACCCGCAGAGAUUCAAAUACCCGGAGAGGCCGAUCAUCUUCCUCUCUAUGUCCUACUGUGUUUACUCUGUGGGCUACCUCAUCCGACUUUUUGUGGGAGCUGACAGAAUAGCCUGUGACAGAGACAAUGGGGUUCAGUAUAUUAUUCAGGAGGGUCUGGAGAGCACCGGCUGCACUAUUGUGUUUCUCAUCCUGUAUUAUUUUGGCAUGGCAAGCUCCCUCUGGUGGGUUAUCCUGACCCUCACAUGGUUCCUGGCUGCAGGGAAGAAGUGGGGUCACGAGGCCAUCGAAGCCAACAGCAGCUACUUCCAUCUGGCAGCGUGGGCCAUUCCGGCCGUAAAGACCAUCAUGAUCCUGGUGAUGAGGAAGGUGGCGGGGGACGAGCUGACGGGCAUCUGCUACGUGGGCAGCAUGGACGUCAAGGCUCUCACGGGGUUUGUGCUCAUCCCCCUCUCCUGCUACCUUAUUAUUGGCACUUCGUUCCUGCUGUCUGGCUUCGUGGCCCUCUUCCACAUCCGCAAGAUAAUGAAAACGGAGGGAGAGAACACCGACAAGCUCGAGAAGCUGAUGGUUCGCAUCGGGGUCUUCUCUGUGCUCUACACCGUCCCGGCCACCUGCGUCAUCGCCUGCUACUUCUACGAGAGGCUCAACAUGGACUACUGGCGCAUCCUGGCAAAGGAGCAGAAGUGCGUGGACAGCAGCGGGCCAGAGUCAGACGAGUGCCUCAUGAAGAGCUCCAUCCCCGCCGUGGAGAUCUUCAUGGUGAAGAUCUUCAUGCUGCUGGUGGUGGGCAUCACCAGCGGCAUGUGGAUCUGGACGUCGAAGACGCUGCAGUCGUGGCAGAACGUGUUCAGCAGGAAGCUGAAGAAGAGGACGAGGAGGAAGGCUGCCAGUGUGUUCACCAGCAGCAGGCCUUACAUCAAACCUCACCCGUCUCUCAAAGGGCACAGCUCCAAGUAUGAGCCCACACGGCCUCCUCCGACAUGUGUGUGAGCUGGCUCCCUUUGCACGAACCCGAAAAUACGUUUAAAGCCCUUACCGAAAUGAGACUUUGUAAUCAGAGUGCCAUCAAAAUUACAUGUUUUUCUUUUUCUAUUGGAGAUCAUGCAACGUGUUUUUGUUUUUGUUUUUUGCAACAAGCGCUGCCUUUGUUUGAGACAAAAAAAUAUCUGCUCCUCCUGGAUUCUCUUAUCCUUUUGAGGAACUUGACUGAGAAAAGAAACUCUAAUUGUUCCCGAGAUUAAAAGAGUGGAAUAAACCGUUUGGAUGUGCCACGGGACUACUUGAAUAAUGUGCAAUAGAUGUUUUUCUUACAGGCAAAAAAAAAAAGACACUUGUACUGUUGGUGACAGAUUACAGACAAUGAAAGGACCCCACAGACAAUGGAGGCAAAUGGUCAGAGAGAUGAGUGUCGUGUUUGGGGGCUUUUUAAUGGAAAUCGAGGCAGUGGCAUAUAUGUUUGAACUGGAGCGAGAGCAGCUGUUGAAAAGCGCUCCAGACCUUACGAACUGCCCAUUGUGAGGCAAAUCCAUGCCAUAAAUUAAUCAAGCACUCGUAACUGAAAAAGUUAUUUGUACAAGCAACUGAGAUUUUUGUUUUUGUUGUUUUAUAGCACAAGGGAACGUUUGUAUAUAUUUCUAAAAAAAAAAAAACAACCUUCAGAUUUUAUAGAAAAAAAUUAAUAAAACGUUCUAGUUUUAAA